UUUUACGCUGUGUUGUCCAGAAGAACAUUUAUUAAGGGUCGGAGAGAGAGAGAGAUAGAGAGAUGGCUAUUGCUCGGUUAAACCGCCAAGCAAAACGACCGUACGGAUUAUGGGCAAAGACGACGGCGGUAACUAUCUUGGGUCUAUGCUUUAUAUUCGUUUGGUCGUUCUUUUCUUCUUCUUCUUCCACUUCAGUGACCGCUCGGAGAGAGAGCUUCGACGACAUAGCAGAACCCAUAUCAGGAAACUCGAGGAUAAGCAAUUUCGGAACUCAAAUAACCCAUGAAAAUGAGAAGAGUAAGAAGAAAUCUGGGUCUGAUUUGGAAAAGGAUGAUAAAAGAGUUAAUGGGUCUGUUUCAGUUUCAAAGUCUAUCAAUGAGCAUAAAUCUGAGAAGAAGAACACAAGAGUAGUAGCGAAUAAAAAGAAGUUACCGGAGAAGAAGCCUAAGGAGGGAAAUGAUAAUAAGCCUGUGGAAUCUGAAGGUGAAGAGGAUUCAGAGAAGGAAAAAGAAGGACUGGUUGUGGAUGGCAAGGAAGAAGCUUUAGAUGGUGAAGGUGAAGAGGCAGAAGGAGAAAAUGUUUUGGCUGAGGCAGUGGAUCAGGAGGAAAGUGAAGAGAAGAAGUUGGAAAGUGACGGCAGUGAAUCGAAUAGAGGGAAGAAGAGAAAGAAGAUAAAAGGUCCGGUUUUUGAUCCGAAAAUGAAGUAUAAUUGGAAACUAUGUAGCACAAAGAGCAAACACAAUUAUAUCCCUUGUAUUGACUAUGAUACCAGCUCUUUGAGGCUCCAAAGUUAUCGGCAUACGGAGCGGACUUGCCCGAAAACACCGGUGAUGUGUCUUGUGCCUCUUCCACAUGAUGGUUAUGAAAUUCCAAUUCGCUGGCCGGAGAGCAAAGUGAAGAUAUUAUAUAAGAAUGUGGCACAUCCAAAACUUGCAGCAUUUGUUAAGAAGCAUAGUUGGAUUAUGAAGUCUGGAGAAUAUCUUACUUUCCCGCAAAAUCAAUCUGAAUUCAAGGGUGGAGUUCUUCACUAUCUUGAGUCCAUUGAAGAGACGGUACCAGACAUUGAAUGGGGAAAGAAUAUUCGUGUGGUACUGGACAUUGGAUGUACAGAUUCAAGUUUUGGAGCUUCGUUACUUGACAAGGAGGUAUUGACAUUGUCAUUGGGCUUGAAAGAUGACCUCGUUGACCUAGCUCAAGUUGCCCUAGAGCGUGGUUUCCCAACUAUAGUUAGCCCUUUUGGAGGUCGAAGGCUUCCUUUUCCAAGUGCUGUUUUUGAUGCGAUUCAUUGCGGUGAAUGCAGCAUAAAAUGGCAUUCAAAUGGCGGAAAACAUCUUCUAGAGAUGAACAGGAUUCUAAGGCCAGGCGGAUACUUUAUCCUCUCAACCAAACAUGACAACAUUGAAGAUGAAGAAGCCAUGACCACAUUGACCGCAUCUAUCUGUUGGAAUAUUCUGGCUCAUAAAACUGAUGACUUUAGUGAAGUGGGCGUUAAAAUUUACCAAAAGCCUGAGUCGAAUGAUAUAUACGGAUUGAGGAGAAGGAAAAAUCCACCUUUGUGCAAGGAAAAUGAAAAUCCAGAUGCAGCCUGGUAUGUUCCAAUGAAGACUUGCUUACACCCAAUUCCAUCUGCUAUUGAGCAACAUGGAACAGAGUGGCCGGAGGAAUGGCCCAAGAGGCUCGACACUGUUCCUGACUGGUUGGAUGAUAAAGACAAACUGGUUGCAGACUCCAAGCACUGGUCUUCUAUUAUUGAAAAGUCAUAUCUCACUGGAUUGGGAAUUGACUGGGCGAACAUCAGAAAUGUAAUGGACAUGAAAGCCAUCUAUGGAGGAUUUGCUGCAGCCCUUGCAAAACAGAAUGUAUGGGUGAUGAAUGUGGUACCUGUCCAUGCACCAGACACACUUCCCAUCAUUUUCGAACGCGGACUUGUUGGAACUUACCAUGACUGGUGUGAACCUUUUAGCACAUAUCCGAGAUCGUAUGAUCUUCUGCAUGCUGAUCAUCUGUUUUCACGGCUAAAGAAUCGGUGCAACCAGCCAGUGUGGAUUGUUGUUGAGAUGGAUCGCAUGUUGAGGCCAGGAGGAUGGACAAUUAUACGUGAUAAAGUUGAGAUAUUGGGUCCUUUAGAAGGGAUUUUGAAAAGUUUGAACUGGGACAUACGAUUGACUUAUGCCCAGGAUAAAGAAGGCAUCAUUUGCGCACAAAAAAACAUGUGGCGGCCUUGACUUGAACAAAAGAAAUGUUUCUGCUCCGACGGUGGUGUGACUACUAAUUUAACAAACAUUCAUGUCUCUCAUUACUAGGGUGAAGCUCAAAUGCAAAAAACAAAAAAACAAAAACAAAAACAAAACAAAACAAAAAAAAAACUAGAAAGUGAAGAUAUGCCGCUCUCCAUUAUUGUAUUUGUGAUCGUUAACAGCCAACAGGGGCAUUGUUGUUUUUUUUUUUUUUUUCCCCUUUUUGAUAGGAAACAGAGGGACUGAUGGGAUAUGAUUAAGAUUUUUUCCUUUUGUUUUUGGUGAUUUAUUCUUUUAGGCACUGGUGGA